CGUGAUGGUUGGUCGCUACGCUCGCGCAAUUUGCCGGUUAUUAUAAUCGCUUUGACCACGCCGGUCAAAGUGAGUUCGCCUCUAUUCGUGGUAUUACGGUACAGCGCCGAACCGACACGGAAGAGCUUGAGCCGACUCGCGUGGCUCGCGUCGUUGUAUCGCAGUUUAUCGUUUUAAGACAUGUCUUUUCGUCAUAUUUCUAAAGAGGCGCUGGCGGGGUCCAUCACUCUUGGAGUCGUUUUGGUCGCCGGUUAUUUCUUUGGGAAAAAGAAAUCUUCCAGAAUGAGCAUCUCCAAAAGUCACUGUGGGGGAAAAGAUGACCCUCUGAUGCAGUACGUUCUCAAUAACUCCUUGAGGGAGCAUCCGGCCCUGAAAAAACUCAGAUUGAGGACAAUGGACCACUCGUGGAACAUCAUGAUGGUCGCCUGUGAGCAGUCGCAGUUAAUGGCCAAUCUGGCAAAACUUAUCAAAACCAAGAAAGCCAUUGAGAUUGGAGUAUACACAGGUUACAACACACUGAGCAUUGCACUGGCUUUGCCUGACGAUGGAGUUCUGAUUGCAUGUGAUGUCAGUGAAGACUACACUGACAUCGGCAAACCCUUCUGGAAAGAGGCUGGAGUGGAGCAAAAAAUUGAUUUACGCAUACAGCCAGCACUGAAAACUCUAGAUGAUCUCUUGUCAGAUGGCCAGGCCGAAACAUUUGACUUUGUCUUCAUUGAUGCAGACAAAGUUAACUAUGACAACUACUACGAAAAGUCUCUGCAGUUGUUGAGGAAAGGGGGAAUCAUUGCUGUCGACAACGUGCUGUGGGGAGGAAAGGUGUUGAAUCCAACCCCCGGUGAUGAAGACACUGUGGCCAUCGACAAGCUGAACAAGAAGUUGCACCGAGAUGCUCGAAUCAACCUGAGCAUGCUCACAGUGGGGGAUGGGCUCACACUCGCUAUCAAAUUAUAGAACAGAUGUCUGAUGAGUCGAUGAUUCAGAGGCUUUGGAAGGUAACUCUGGGUCCUUUAAGUUAGGCAAACUUUUAAAUGCGAAAUGGGAUGGUAGCUGAAACAUGUAUUACCAUCUGGGCUCAUGUCACUACAGGUCGGGGGAUCUCUUGGCAGACAUGGAAUCAAGUAUUCAUAAAUGUUUUAAUUAGUGUAUAGUGUACUGUGCGAGGCGAGCGUUUUGCAUUUGGCGGCUCGCGUUACCGCGGCCUCGGAAGAGGAGGGAGUCUGUAAUAUCUUCAUUAGUUUUACAGUUACAAGGCAAUGUGCAAAGUUUGAAUGAAAUUGUGAUACAUUUGAUUAAAAAGAAAAUGUCCAUUCCAUU